AUUGCGCGCACUUCCAUCUCCUGGAGCUUGUUUUGCGAUUUUGUUGGCAAAUGAACAGGUUUAUCUCUCACUAGAGAAGGAUCAGGUUUGGCCAUUGAACAUAGCUCCCAGCUCCUAUAACAAACAAUAAUAUUUGGCUGCAACCAAAGCAGGUUCCACGUACAUUUGGAAGAGAGAGAGAGGGAGAGGGACAAACACUAGGAUGUGUUCAUUCUUCCAGGGGUUCCCACGGUUUGAGGCCUCCCUAGGCCUCACACACCCAGAUGAAUUGACUGGAUUUGUUCGCGUUCGGAUCGGGCUCGCGGAGUCUCCCCGCCGGUGCACCCGAAGGAUUGGCUCCAAAGGAUCCACGUUGAGGCGCCGUCUUCCAUCUCCAGCCAUGGUUGAAGAGGCCAAUGAGGAGCUGAAGAAGGCCGACGAGUACCUGCGCAAGCAUCGCAUCCUUGAGCUCUUCAGCGAUUUGUGCGCCUCCGUGUGCUUCCACAAGCCGAGCGACCUCCGUGGCUUCUUGCUCGAGGAGCUGCAAUUGCGAGAACGCGAGGGAGCACAUGCUGGCAACUUUGAGGAUGCAGAGAUCAAGGCCGUGUUUAACCUCACUGAUCUCAUGCAAAUGGGCGUGAUCAGUGAAGCACAGGCCCGCAAAGCUUUACUGGCUUUAGCGAACUCUCACAAGCAGAAGGAGGAUGUUGAGGCGAUUGAGCUGCCGCCGGAGGUCGACGAGGCGAUCUUCCUGCAGAAGGCAAAGGAUGCCCUGCAGUUCCGCUGAUGAGCUGAAGCUGUAUCACCCAGCCUUUGUGUCCUGAAUCCUGUAAUUCGUGGCAACUCUGGACACAGAUUGGCAGCUCUGCUGAUGUCCUUGAAGAGAAGGGGGGGCGCUGAGAGGAUGCCCGGAACAGUUUGAGUGAACAGAAGUG